AGGCGGCGGUGUGAUCAUUUGAAUGGUGCAGCUGCAGCUAGCAGGGCUAGCAGAGGGGAGUUGCCUCUGACUUUAACCAGUUUUUCAUGUUUGGGAUUUACACACCAGAGGAACCCUUAUCGCCCUUUUGCAAAAUGAAUCGAGUCCAUUAUUAUGGCUGCUGAGCGUGUUUGGCAACGGGACGUCUGUAAAGUCACCCACGACCAAUCCAAUGGCUUCCCUCGCUCCUGCCUGCACGUUUCUGCUGGGGAGAACAUGAAGCAGGUGGAUAUUAUUAAUAAGGAAGAUUUAGAUAAGGACAGAUUUCAGGUGCAUUACAAAGUGCAGAGUUCAAACAAAGCAAAGCGGCUGUCAUCUUGCAAGAGGAAGAGUUGUUCAUCGGUGGAGGUGGGCAUAAAGCUGCACCGCAGAUCGUCCGAUGUAGGCUGUCCCCGUGACCCCGGCAUGGCCAACAAGGAAAAUGAGCUGACGUGCUCUGAUGAUGUGCGGGGCAUUCAGUACUAUGACAGCUGUGGGCGGCUGGUGAACUCUGCAGAGGCCUCCAAGAUGGCAGGGGCCAGUUCCAAGUAUAGUGACUUUUCUGAGCUAUCAAAGGACCACGAGGCAAUGACUCACGUCCUUUUUGGACGACAUCUUCGACUUAAAGUAGCCCUAACACUGUGGCGAAGAAACGCCAGUGAAUUAGUGGCUUAUUUAAUAAGAAUUCAAGACACAGGUGUUCUGCUUGACUGCUUACCUUUCUUAACAAAUAACCUUCAAACUGAAGCACCAUGCUUGUCACUUGGUUGCUGUGUUGACCUCAUGCCCCACGUCAAAGAAAUUCUUUCUAGUAAAUAUGAAGAACACAUAAUGGUGGGUUUACACUGGGUUCAAUCCGUCAUCAGGAAAUGGUGGCCAGAACUUUCUAAAAAUGAGAAGAGACUGCGGGACAGUUGUUCAGAAGACAGGAAUAUCAACGUCAUGAGGCAGCGAUUGAAGGACUUGUGGAAGGAAGGAGCUCAGUUAUGUUUAGUUAAAGGCUCUAUGGGAGAGCUGGCAAAGGCCAUCGAGGCUUAUCUAUCACAGCUGACCUGACAGUCGUCGACGUAAAAAAUCUUGAAGAUGUGACCACUACUGCCGAUCACGGCCGUGUUUUUGAACUGAUAAUGUUUGCAGAGAAAUGGACCGGUUGAUUCCAUUUACACUCAAACCUCUUAACUGGGACUGAACUUGACAAUUCAGAAAACUCCCCUCAGUUAGAGCUGGAGACUCCUAUGGAGGGCUACGAGGGCCUUCCUGCAAAGCAAAUGACUGCUUCACAUUGAAGUGGACUGUCUUGCGUACUGUCUUGUCCAUGAGACGGGGCGUAAUGUCGCUCUAUGAAGUGCCAAGGUCUUUGUCUCACACGACACCGAUGUUCGCUGUUUUGAAUGCCACGCUGUGUUGUGUUUUUUUGCGCCUGGGUUCUACGGAAUCGGGAACUUGAAUCUGCAAGUCUUUAAGUUAUUAGUGCUCGUCUUCUUGUUUUCAUUUUGCCUCUUUCUGUGACAUUUGACUGUGUAAUGUAAAAUGUCGAAAUAAGUAAUUCUUUUAAUCAUCUUUUAAAUAAAUUUGUUAAAAAUCAAAAA